AUGAGUGAAACAAGUUCGUCUUUUAGAUAAUAGAUUUUAGAAACUAAGCUGCCAUUUGAGCAAAAAGAUUAACAACAAGAUUUUUAAGAAAUAGAUUAGGUAAUAAAAAAAUAAUUUGAAGAAUAAUUCAAAAUGGUAUCUUAACAAUUAGAAAAUACAAAAGAUAUGUUAAUUCAAGGUUAACAAAAAGUAUAGUAUGACUCUGUUUGGACUUUGGUAGUAUUAGACACUGAAGAAAAUAGUUUAUAUACUGUCAAAAGAUUUUAUAUUGCAGAAGAAAAAAAGGAGAGAGAGAAGAUUAUUUCAUAAUAAAUGUUAAACUUAGCUAAAAAAGAAGGAUAAUCUUUGAAAGACUGCUAUGAUCCUAAAAGUAAUCUAAAAACAAUUAUUUAAUACUACGAUGAGUUUCUAAUGUAUCCUAAUUACUAUAUAAUCAUGGAAAAUUGUCCAUAUAAUUUGAAGUAAUUUAUGGAUAAUCCUAACUGUUAACUAGAGCCAGGAUUUAAAAAUUAUUAACUAAUUAGUUUCGCUCAUAGAAUCAUCUCAGCUCUUAAUUAAAUCAGCAAUUAAAAUAAUAAGUAAACUAAUAGCAAAAAAUAUACGCUAAAAAACAGAUAGAUUGAAAGUAUUCUAGUUGAUAAUCUUAAUCAAAUCAAAUUGUGUGAUUUCUAAUCAGUUGAAGAUUUUAUAAAUGAAAUUAGUCAUAAACCAGAGGAGUAGAAUUUUUAUUAUCCUCCAGAGUGUGGAAGAAGUGACACCAGCAAAGAUUGUUUAGAAAGCUUAAAAGCUGAUUCAUGGACUUUUGGUAUCUACUUUUAUCUGUUAGCUGGAGGAUCUGAAGCAGAUUGCUAUCAAAUAAGGAACUCAGGUUAUAAAAAAUUAUAUGCCUUAGAUGAUAAUUUAAAUAGCAUUCUCUCAAAAAUACUUUGUUUAAAUUGGCAACAAAGAUUAAGCACUAAAGAUAUUUAAGCUGAAUUUGAAAAUCUAUUAAAAUAAUAUGAGCAAAUAAAGGAUUAAUUUGCUGAUUAAGUCUAUUAAAGAUUUGAAUACUAUAAAACAAAUAACAAACAACUGGCCUAUAGAUACAUUACUAUUUGUACUUAAAUUUUACCAGAUGAUGAAAAAUAUAUUUAUCAGUAAGGUUUUAUUUAAGAUGACCUUAAAUUGUAUGAAGAGGCUAUUUAAUCAUUUGAAAAGUGUAUUAAAUUAAGCAAAUAAAAAGGAAAAAAUGAUAAAAUCGAUAAUUACUAUUACAACUUAGCUAUUGCUUAGAAAAAUUAAAAAUUAUUAGAUGAAGCCAUAAAUUCAUAUUUAAGCGCUAUAAAAAUCGAUUCUAAGAAAGCUAUCUAUCACUACAAAUUAGGUAUAGCUUACGUUGAAAAUGGAGAUCUAUAAAAAGGAAUUAAAUCAUUUACAACUUGUUAAGAGUUAGACAAAGAGAAAAAGUAUCAUUGCCAUUAUAAUAUUGGUCUUGCUCAUAGUGAAAAAGGAGAAUGGGAUAAAGCAAUAAAAGAGUUUAGUUUGCACAUAAAAGAUAUCGCAGCAGAUAGCGAAAAACAUGAAUGCUACUACAACAUGGGUAAUGCUUGUUAUGAAAAACGUUAGUACGAAAAAGCCAUAUAAAAUUAUAGAGAAGCCAUCUAAAGGUAUUAAGACCCAAAAUAUUAUUAUAAUUUAGGAAUGGCACUAAUGCUUAAUAAAGUUAUUUUUGAAGCAAUUUCAGAAUUUGAAAAUUGUAGAUAUCGAUUACAAGACAAAAAUACUCUGCAUCCUGUCUACGAACAAUUAGCUAUCUGUUAUAAAAAAGAUAAAUAAUUUCAUAAGGCUAUUGAAUUAUAUAAACUAUGCAUUGAACUUGAUAAAAAUGAAUAUAGUUAUCUAAUUGAUCUAGGAGUUGUUUAUGAAGAAAAUCAAGACUAUGCAGAAGCCAUUAAAACUUAUGGCUUAUACCUUGAUAAAUAUCCAUAAGACAAGAGUAUCUAAAGAAAAUAAAAAAAUGCAGAAAAUAAAUUAAAUAAAAUAAAACGUUGUUUUUUUUGGUGA